GACUAGUCUAACCCCGAGCAUUGUCCCUACUCAGGGCUGCUUCUCUUGUAGUUAAAUCAUCUCUCCCUGGAGUUGGACUCCUUCAUAUUCCCUCAAUCCCUUCUAGCUGUAUUUACUUGUCUUUUUUCUCUGUGUGUCUGUGUCAUUUUUCUCCAUGUCCCUGUCGGUUGCUGGGAUGUAGGAUAUAGAGAGUGGGGUUUUUCCUCCCCUCCAGCACCCUGCUGAGUUUUGGUGUAUUUUUUUCUUCUUCUUCCAAUCUGGGGGAACAAGUGCCAGUCUCCACUUUGGCUGACAACUCUGCAAAGUACUUUUCAGCUGAGUGUUGAAUGUGGCUCGGGAAUUGGGCGACAGUUGGCAGCUUUUCUGGUGCUUUUUUGCUACAGGCAAGGGAUGGAUUUAUAGACCGUUUCUCACCACGGCGAAGAGGUGAGCGUGUCUGAGAAGAAGGGAGAUAUGCCCCUUACGGGAAGAUAUCGAGUGCCUUAUGUCUUGAUUCUUCUUGCACUCCUCUGGGGUGGAGAGAGAAUUCGGGCACAAAGAGCAGGUUGCAAGAAUGUCCACUAUGAUCUUGUCUUCAUCUUGGAUACCUCUUCCAGCGUGGGUAAAGAAGAUUUUGAGAAGGUCCGCCAGUGGGUGUCUAAUCUGGUGGAGACCUUUGAGAUCGGACCGGACAAGACCCGUGUAGGAGUGGUACGUUACAGUGACAGGCCAACCACAGAGUUUGACUUGGGAAGGUACCAAACUCGUGAGGAAAUCAAAAAAGCUGCAAGGAACAUUAAGUAUUAUGGGGGUAACACAAAUACCGGGGAUGCCCUCCGGUAUAUCAAUACCUAUAGCUUUUCCAAAGAGGCUGGUGGGAGGCCUAGUGACCCACCCAUUAAGAAAGUGGCUAUCCUUUUGACUGAUGGAAGGAGCCAGGAUUAUGUCAUGGAUGCAGCCACUGCGGCGCGUAAGGCUGGAAUAAGGAUCUUUGCUGUGGGAGUUGGUGAGGCCUUAAAGGAGGAAUUGGAUGAAAUUGCUUCCGAGCCUAAAUCUGCUCAUGUGUUCCACGUCUCUGAUUACAAUGCCAUUGAUAAAAUACGAGGGAAACUGAGACGACGGCUCUGUGAAAAUGUGCUGUGUCCAAAUGUCCAUGUGGAAGGAGAUCGAUUUAAACACACCAAUGGAGAGACUGAUGAAAUCCCAGGGUUUGACCUGGUGGAUUUGUUCAGCGUGAAGGAAAUUUUUGGAAGGAAAGAAAAUGGAAUUCAGAGUUCUUAUGUACGACUUGGAAGCUUCCCCAUCGUGCAGAAAACUGAGGGUGUAUUCCCACAGGGCCUGCCUGAUGAAUAUGCCUUUGUAGCCACCUUCAAAUUCCGGAAGGCUUCCAGGAGAGAAGACUGGUAUAUUUGGCAGAUUAUCGACAAGUACGGCAUACCGCAGGUCUCUAUCCGCCUGGAUGGAGAGAACAAAGCCGUGGAGUACAGUUCCAUUGGGCUGACCAAGGACGCAGUACGAGUGGUCUUUCGAAAUGCCCGAGUCAGCGAUUUGUUUGACCGCAACUGGCAUAAGAUCGCCCUCAGCAUUCAAUCCAAGAGCGUCUCCCUCUACAUCGACUGCAAACUAGUGCAGACGUUGCCUAUUGAAGACAGAGAAAAUAUUGACAUUCAAGGGAAGACCGUGAUUGGCAAACGCCUGUAUGACAGCGUACCCAUAGACUUUGAUCUUCAACGGAUGGUAAUUUACUGUGAUUCCCGACAUGCCGAGCUGGAAACCUGCUGUGAUAUUCCCUCUGGACCAUGCCAGGUGACGGUCGUUACUGAAGCGCCACCUGCUGAAAUAAGACCCACUGUCGGCAGUGAACAAGUGGGCCCGCCAAACACCCUCAACUGUUCCUGUCCUGCUGGAGAAAAGGGUGAGAGGGGCCCAGCUGGCCCUGAAGGUCCUAGAGGUCAAAAGGGAGAAAGUGGCAGCCAAGGACUUCCUGGUCUAAAAGGAGAAAAAGGAGACUCGGGCAGAGGAGCAUAUGGCAGAGGAGAGAAGGGAGAACAGGGAUCCCCAGGCUCACCUGGCCCCCCCGGGAGGGACGGAGCGAAAGGAGAAACCGGAGAACCAGGGCAGCCAGGGGCAUUUGGACUGCCUGGUCCAGUGGGCCCUAAGGGAUCUGAGGGCCAACCAGGUCCACCAGGAAUUAAAGGCUAUGUCGGAGCACCCGGUCUGCAGGGAGAAAGAGGAGAAAAGGGAACUCGAGGAGACAAGGGAGAACGAGGUCUUGAUGGGUUCCCUGGGAAGCCAGGUGCGGAGGGAAAACAGGGCAUUAAGGGCAGCACAGGCCCACCAGGUGCCAGCGGACCCAGAGGAGAAAAGGGUGAAGCGGGGCUUCCCGGAUUACCAGGCUCUGCAGUACAAACGGAAGGUCUGAAAGGAGAGCAAGGGGCCCCAGGCCCACGAGGACCACAAGGCCCACCUGGAGUUCCAGGGGCACCGGGUCCAGCCGGUUUGGAAGGCAAGGCCGGAGUUCCUGGUUUACAAGGUCAAAGGGGCAAGAAGGGUGAAGUUGGUCUCCCGGGACUCGAUGGCUUGCCUGGACCUCGGGGUCCAAUCGGGCCUCCUGGUGUUGCUGGUUCACCUGGUGCUCCAGGAUUGGCUGGAGAAACUGGUGUUUCUGGUAAAACUGGACUGCCAGGACCAGCUGGAUCGCCUGGCAAGGAUGGAUUAAAUGGUCUUCCUGGAUUUCCGGGCCAAAAGGGAGAACAAGGAGACAGGGGACAGGAAGGUUUUCCUGGGAAAGCUGGUCCCAAGGGUGAGAGCGGAGAUCACGGCUCACCUGGUCUAGCUGGUGAGAAGGUGAGCAGCCUGGGUGACGUGGGUCCUGCUGGUCCCCCCGGUUUACCCGGAACAACAGCCCUGUUUACCCCACAUCCUCAGAUUCCUGGAGAAACUGGGCCAAAGGGAGAGAAAGGAGAUCGAGGAAACAGCGGGGAACCCGGACUGCCUGGUGUCCCAGGUGAAAUGGGGCUCCCAGGACCUCCAGGACCACAGGGUGCGAAGGGACAGGAAGGAGCCGGAGGCGAGCCAGGAGUCCGUGGAGAGACUGGUGCUCCUGGACCUGUUGGGCCCCCAGGUCCACAAGGCUUGCCAGGAAAUGUGGGUGUACCUGGAGACGCUGGCCAACCCGGAAAGGAUGGACAAAAGGGUGAAAAGGGUGACCCAGGACAGGAAGGAAAACCAGGACUACCUGGGCUCGCAGGUGAGCCUGGCCCUGCUGGAAUACCUGGCUUACCAGGGAAGGGUAAAGAUGGAGAACGGGGUGAAAGAGGCCCCCCAGGCCUACCAGGACCCCUCGGACACAAGGGAGAUAGGGGAGUUCCUGGUCUUCCUGGCCAGCCGGGAGACAGAGGUGCACCAGGAGUUGGAGUAGCUGGACCUCCUGGCCCGGUGGGACCAGCAGGAGACAAAGGGCCAUCGGGCCCUCGAGGUUUACCAGGUGUUCCAGGCCCACAGGGGCCAACAGGGCAGGAUGGUUUACCUGGAAAUCCUGGGGACAUAGGACCUCCUGGAAAGCCAGGUGCCUCCUCCCUGCUUUCUCCUGAGGACAUAAAUCUUUUAGUCAAGGAUGUGUGUAAUGAUUGCCCACCUGGCCCCCCGGGGCUCCCUGGAGUGCCAGGCUUCAAGGGGGAUAGAGGUGCCCAAGGACCUCCGGGUAGAGAUGGCCUGAAUGGGAAAAUGGGCGAUCCUGGACCCCGGGGUCUCCCAGGCCCUCCAGGGGUGGAUGGUCCAAAGGGCACUAAAGGAGACCGUGGGACAUCUGGAGAUGCUGGACCAAAAGGUGGACAGGGUCACCCUGGAAUGCCUGGCUUCGCGGGACCUCCUGGAAACCCAGGGCCCCCUGGACCAGAUGGCAAACCAGGACCUGCAGGACCCCCAGGAAUGCCUGGGGAUACAGGUAAAGAUGGCCCACCAGGUCUCCUGGGCCCACCAGGACUGCCUGGCCUUCAGGGCAUUGACGGCAAGGAUGGCAAGCUUGGAUCUCCCGGGGAACCGGGCAAACCAGGAGAACCUGGGCUCCCAGGCCAAGAGGGGGCCAGAGGGUUACCGGGCUUCAAGGGGCACAGAGGAGAUGCAGGUCCCCCAGGCCCCAGGGGAGAGCCGGGCGUGACCGGUCCUGCUGGUCGUGAGGGCCCGCCGGGGAAGGAUGGUGAUACAGGCCCCACAGGACCUCAAGGUCCUCGAGGACUCAGAGGGCAGCCAGGCAAGAAUGGCUCACCAGGCGCCCCAGGGGAAGCUGGCCUUGCAGGUAACCCAGGUCCAAAAGGAAACAAAGGAGAAAAUGGCAGCCCUGGACUUCCUGGCUUCAUUGGGCCCCGAGGCCCUCCAGGAGAUUCGGGAGAGAAGGGGCCCCCAGGAAAAGAGGGCGCAGCCGGGAAACCAGGCAACCAUGGACCCAAAGGAGACAGGGGAGAUCCUGGCGUCAAAGGUGACAAAGGCCCACAGGGAGAGAAAGGUCUGCCUGGGGAUCCUGGCAUACCUGGCCAUAAAGGCCACACUGGAUUGAUGGGUCCCCAAGGAUCACCAGGAGACAGUGGGCCAGCUGGACCUCCAGGGCCCCCAGGACAGCCAGGCUUCCCCGGGCCCAGGGGGGACUCUCCAUCGCUGGAGACUCUGAGACGGCUCAUCCAAGAGGAGUUAGGAAAGCAGCUAGAUGCAAAACUAGCCUAUCUCAUGGCUCAGAUGCAGCCAGCGCAUGUUAAAGCACCCCAAGGCAGGCCAGGGCCUCCGGGGUCUCCCGGUAAGGAAGGGCUCCCAGGAAGACCUGGCCCUCCAGGAGAGCCCGGCCGACCUGGACAGACAGGGUCUGAAGGGCCAUCAGGACCAGUGGGUCCAAAAGGUGAAAGAGGUGUGAAGGGUGAGAGAGGAGAUCCUGGUGUUGGUCAGAGGGGUGAAAUUGGUCCUCCAGGAAUUCCAGGCCUCCCAGGGGAACCUGGCUAUGGCAAAGAUGGGAUGCCAGGAGCACCAGGCCCACAAGGGGAAGCUGGAGUGCCAGGCCUCAUGGGCCCACAGGGACCUCCAGGAACCAGUGGACAGUGCGAUCCCUCUCAGUGUGCUUACUAUGCAAGUCUGGCCGCCCGGCCUGGCAAUGUCAAAGGGCCCUAGGCAGCCCUGGGGACUCUCUCCGGACUGGUUUCUGAAACUUGAAUUCAACACGCCUACCAGGAGCUCUUGGAUUGUUCCCUAGUUGCGUUUCUUUAUGGGAGGCCUUUGAGAUGAUCAAAGCCAACGAAUGCUGCCGGUCGGUCAGAUUAUUAUUAAUUAUUAUUUUUAUUAUUUUGUUGUUAAUGUGAGAAAUGUGUUUGGUUUUGUUCUCUCUAACAUCAGGGCAUAUUAAAAAAUUACAAAUACAUUUUUACAUAUAAUAUUGAGACCUAGCAUAGCCAUUGUUGUUUAUACAGAACCCAUGUGAGUGCCAAAACCUCUGCUCAGCUGGGAGAGUUCUUUUCCAGACUUCUUUCCCAAGUUCUAAUAUGACAAUAUCAGUGCAUGCUAGUGACUGCGAGAAACAAGCCUACAGGAGGGGCAAGCGGCUGAAAAACAUUGGGGGGAAGAUGGCACGGGGAGGCUGACAAAGAGCUAGUCUCCAAUGCAUUCAGCUCACAAUGGACAAUCAGUUACAGACAACAAGCGCUGGAGUUCCCAGAACUGCUGUACUAAAUGUAAUGUUCUCCUUGCUCAGAAAGGACACAAACGUUAAUCAUAAAUAGCCACUUGACAGGCUUUCUGGGCAUGAGCAAGGCUCUGAAAAGAAGGUAAGGGAGAGCUGAUGACAUGAAGAGAGAUUCUGUUUCCAGUAUAAUUGCUCUCCCCGUGCCCUGUGCAUGUUCUUUAGUUCCACUCCAAAAGGCAAAGAUUUUAUUCCUGGUAAUUGGGGCCUGUGCUCAUACUGUCAAGAAGAUGCCUCUGCAAACAGCCAGCACGUUUGUGCUUCUUGACUUCUUGAGCUAGUAGAGUUCUAUUCCUGCUCUGCAGUGAGGGCAUGGACAACGUCCAUUAAAGUUAACACAGUGAUCCUCCAGGUAUUGGCUGGUAUUAUGGUUUGUAGAAGGUUGGACUAGGUGAUUAUCUUGAUCCCUUCUGGCCAGAAAAUGUACUAUGAUCUUCAGGCCACCAUAUCUGAUGAUUCACAGGGACACAGGCAAAGCAGGGUAGCCUCUUGGAAGGGGAAGUAGACUGGAGUGCUGUUUUCAAUAGAAAGGCCAGCACAAUGAAGCAUUUGGAGAAUCAAUGAAUUAAAGGAAAUUAUAUGUGCCAAGAGGUCAAUAACACCUGCCCCCCAAAACUAGCUCCUAAAACAAUGGGGUCACCUGACUGCAGAAAUCAAUGUACAUCUAUACAGGGAGAGUAAAGAAUUGAAUAGGCCAGGCUGGGUUUUGAGACGAUAGUUGCUUCUACAAUAGAUCCUUCCUCAUUCUAAACCCCUGCACGCACGCACACACACGGGACAGAUUUUCAAAUGUGAUCAGCACCAUCUGGGCAGAUUUUUAGAAAAACUCAGCUCCUGUGAAGGCACUUGAAUGAAGUUCCCAGGUUUUCAAGAGCGCUAAGUACACAGCCACUCACAUUGUUUUCAAUGAGGGUGGGACAUUCUCCAGUGCCCUCAACAGUUGCUGUUGAGUGCUGAGCGCUUCUGAAAAUCUGGGCAGGUUUUUCUGAUGCCUAAAUGGGAGGUCGCUUUAAAAAUCCAUUCCUAGCAUACACAUUCACCCAACUGCGUGUGCUUCCAAGUUAUUUAAACUGAACAGACGACAGAAGCUGGGGGCUUGGAUCCAUCACAGACAUAUAGCCAGUGUGCACUGUACAGAGAUAACUAUUUUGACACAUUGGAUCCCUUCCCAAGGCAUGUCAUAUGUUGGUCAUUAAACAUGAAAUAAAAAUAACAGAUUAAGUACCAUGGUGAAAACCUUUCCUCUGUAGAUUGCAAGUGUGUCACCCCGAUGCAAAUAACCCUUUUGCUUUAUAAAGACUAGUAAAAGUGAAAAUAUUAUGCAGCAAAGGGUUUGUUGCUUACAAGUAACUCAAGAGAGCAUAUCUAUUGAUGCACUUCUUCACCAGCCAGUCCCCUGUAGUUCCGUUAUUUUAUUGUCUAUAUUUCAACAUCAAACAGGCAUGUUGGUCAAGUAUUUAACAGCACCAUGCUGGCCAGGCCAGGCUAGGAUACAAUUCAUGUACUCCAAUGGGAACACUUCACACCCAAGAAAGCACUUGGUAGCACGAGAUGUCAUUGCCGAUAGACCUCAUGGCAGCAGCUAGGUUUUACAGAAGUCAGGCAUGUUAACUGGGCCAUGCUAAUGUGACAUUCACUGCUGUCACUACUGUAACUCACCAGACUCUCUGUAAAUCAUGUCUAGUGAUGUACAUACCCACAUGCUGUAAAUGGCUGACAACCAGGCAGCACCGGUUUUCACGUAGUCAGGAUCUUGUACACUGGGUUAGCGGGAAAUGUAUAAAAAGGUUCUUGUUUAACAAGAUUCAGGCCAUUUUCUUUCCAUGAGACUAUGCAGUGGAAUCUAAUUUUGAGGGCACUUGGAGCUCGGGAAGAGUGACUGCUUGAGCUGGGGAGAGAUUUUUUACUUUUCUCGCGGCCUCUUGAUCUUGGAAAUUUGCAUGCACUUUUGCCAAGAGGCUGCUGUUCUUACAAUAAGAGGCACAUCUGCAUCUUUCAUGGCGAUUAGAAGAAUUGGAUGGCCCACGCACAGACCUGAAAUGAGCAAUUGCCCUACUGCCAAGAGCACUUAAGUAAAAAAAAUAAAGCAUGCACCCAAAUCCCUUACUACCAGGGCCUUACCUAGCCAUCAGAUUUUAAGCUAGAUUCCUAUUGAUUCCAGUCAGAGCCCUGUACAUCUAACAAUGCAGAGGAGCAGUACUGUUGGCUUCUUUUCUGUUCCUAUCACCACUUGCUGCAGCUCCAAAAACUCCCUUACAUACAUUGCUCAGUUUCAGCCGUCUACUAGCACUCUACUAGCUCUGUGUAAGCUCCAAAGCUUGUCUCUCUCACCAACAGAAGUUGGUCCAAUAAAAGAUACAUUACCUCACCCACCUUGUCUGGCUAAUAUCCUGGGACCGACAUGGCUCCAACAACGCUGCAUUUUAGUACUCAAUCAUUUGAAUAUAGUUUGCCCAUCAUCAUAGUGUCAGUCCCCACUAGAGGGUGAUUAAAACCUGGCCUCAAUUCCAAAAUGACGGGGUGGCUUUCAUGAAAAGGGAAAACAUGUAAAAUAUCCAUUUGCUUCCUAUGUGGAGACGUCUCAUUAAUUCUGCUAAGGAGUGAGGGAAAGGGUGCAUAGCAUUAAUGGCACUCUGUGAACUAGCGCUUCACUUCUUAGCAAAACCAGCCUUUUUUCCCCCUCCGGGAAUAAAGCUUGUGAUUUAGAAAUGAUGAAAGCCAGUUGAGACGGCUGGCCAAGUCGGGUCACCAGAGAGAUCUAGCCCUCCCUCCCUACGUCUGUGGACACAGCUUCAGUUCCUUGGAGCUAGGGCCAGACGCUGUGGAGAGAAAAGCCUGCAUAGAGAAGGCAAAAAUUCCAGCCUAAACUCUUUAGGCAAAAUCCUGGCUCCUUUGAAGUCAAUGAGAGUUUUGCAAUUGGCUUCAGUGAGGUCAGGAUUUCGCCCUUAGUGGCUGUUAGUUAAAAGGCCUCUUGCAAUCAACAUUCUUCUCUCCUUUAAAGGCAGUCUGCCCUCAAACGGCUAGACUGGUUCUGAGAGCGGCUGUUUCUUAUUCCAGCAGCAUGCCAAAAAUGGCCGCUCUGAAACAAAUGCGACUUAGCAUAAGCAUAGCCGAGUCCACGCGAUAGGAGAGCAGACUGUGCGCAGCUUGGUUUGGAAGUAAGAGCAGUUUGGGCCUGGCGAUAAAACAAUGAUCAUUGCUUGAAGGAUUGGACGGGGACAUACGUACCCAGACGUGGCUAUGUGGGCAUCAGUAUCCAAGGAGAAGAGGAGAUUGGUGCCACAGCCAAAUUGCUCCCUUCCUCCCCACCUCCCCCUGGGUUGUUUCCUAAUUAUUUCUGUUCCGUCAGCUGCAGUGAGCAUCUUUAGUUCCCACCCACGCCCCAGGACCCUUGACAGUGCCAGUUCCCCAGAGAAGGCCCUGUGGCAGCUGUAGUAAGGAUUCUGGCAAAUCCAAGGUCAAUAGCUGCCCGUUGCACGUCUAAGGAAGAACAGGGACACGGUAUUGGAGUGACGGGGCUCAGGUCCAACCUGCGCUGAGUGACUGGAGGCACCCCAAUAUUACUCCAGCAUCCCCUUAGCUAGGGGGCCCCAGGUGGUUGCCUGUUUGGCCGACGCAUUAAGGUGCCCUGCUGGAAGACACCUAGGGGGAGUCCUAAAAGGGAAACUCUGCCAGCGUCUGGUUUUCAGAUCAGUGGAAUUUGGCUUAUAAAUCUUGACCGGGUCCUAAUAAGCAUCCAUGUGCUGGCCAUUAAGGCACUCGGAGUGAAAGGGGAGCCCCUGUGGGUUCCUUUCUCAUUCUGGUCCCCUGCUCCCACCCUACGCUGGCUUUGCAGCCGCUCAGUUCCAUUUUCAGAGCUUUCUGUCAAGCCGACUUCCUACUUGCUGGUCACUGAAAGGCAUUUACACAGCUCAGGAAGCAGCUGAGCCUGUCUCCAGUAGCCCAAGUAGGAGAAAAGUACCAUAGACAGGGAGCUUUGGCCCAGGACUGGAGCUAGGAGACCUGGAUCUGCCACAGACUCUCCGAGGGCCUGAUCCAGUGCCCAGUGAGGUCAAUGGGACCCUGCCUGUUGCCAUAGGAGCAGGCCUAGGUUGAAAAUGGUUAGUUAAAAGUAGGCACCUAAAGCUGCAUUGGGGCACCUAAAUAAUUGAUUUCCUGAGGUGCUGCCUGCCCCUAGCGCCCCUGGGGAGAACGCUUAGGCCCCAGUUCUGCUAAAACCUAUGUGUGUGCUUAUCUUGAAGUCCAUCAGGCUACUCACGGUGCUUAACGUUAAGCAAGUGCGUAGGUGCUUGCAGGACCAGCAACUAAUUUAGGUGCCAAACUUUAUGCACCCAGCUCUGACAUUUCUUGCCUUUAUCUCCCUGUGCCUCAGCGUCUCUAGCUCUAAACCAGGAACGGUGAUACGCUCCUCAGCAAAGUGUGCUAAGAUCUAGACACGCCACGCUCUAGCAGGGUGCCAGGUUUUUACACAAGCUGCACAGCAGGCUAGCAGCGCUCUUUUCCCCCCCCCCAAUGCAGUUCAGCAUUACAAAAGAGAGGCUGGAGGGCUAUGCUGUUGAAAUAGGGUUGGGGACACAGACAAUAUUUUAUUUAUAUAUUAAAAGAGGUGCUAAGCGUUUGUGCAUUUUAUGGCAUCGGUGCUUUUUUAAAUUGUGUAUAAAUUAUUGUGAUCGUAAUAAAGAGGCUAUUAUUCCAAACAUUUUUUUUUUUUUGCCUAUAAAAUGAAAACCCCAGAAUCAUCUGGGGGAAAUAAACGUGUUUGUUAAAUUAUUUAGGGAUUUUUAUUUGUGGGUUAAGCUGUUCAGCCUGAAUUAGUUUUUCACUGACACUUUAGUUGUUCAAUUAUUUUCCCUUCCUGACGUUUGUGAAUGGUUCUUUUCAAUUCAGUCUCAUGGUGCUAUUUUACUGAGCUUAUUUUUUCCCCCUUGUUGUUAAUGUGGGAUUAUUAAACUAUUUAAAGUUGA